AUGGUCGGAACGCUCGCCGUUGGGAGAGUCUUUCUCUUGGCAUCUCUUGUUGCAUUCAUGAUGAUGUUGGUGCUGUUGGAAUCGUUCAAUACAGACUCGUUUGUUCUCGCUCAAGAUCCAAGAUCCAACGUAACCCAACUCAUUCAAUAUUGGGGUUAUCCCGUCGAGCAACAUUAUGUACAGACAGAAGAUGGUUUUAUUUUGUCGGUUCAGAGAAUUCCACACGGUCGAAGUGCAACGAGUAAAAUGAUUCCUCAAGCUCAACGUCGAGUGGUGUUUUUACAACAUGGAUUUUUAGAUUGUAGUUCUACUUGGGUCAAUAAUUUGCCUUAUCAAUCGUUGGGAUUUAUUUUGGCCGAUGCUGGAUAUGAUGUAUGGCUUGGAAAUGUACGAGGCAACGAAUACAGCAAUAGAAAUAUUCAUUAUACCAAUAAGGAUAAACAAUUUUGGCAAUUUUCAUGGGAUGAAAUGGCUGCCUAUGAUUUACCUGCAAUGGUCAAUUAUGCUUUGAGAGUGAGCGGUCAACAGAAAUUGGCCUAUGUUGGACAUUCACAAGGAACCACCAUGGCAUUUGAAUGUUUCACGAGCAUGGCUGAUUCUUCUACCAAAUACCCAGCCUGUCCUAAAGAUUUUACAGACAAAAUUUCAAUUUUCAUUGCCAUUGCUCCUGUGACCUUCCUCCAACAUGUUGGAUCUGACUUGGCCAAGGCGCUUGCCAAAUUCCACGUCGACCAAUUAUUAGAGCUUUUGGGAGUCUAUGAAUUUUUACCAACGACUCAAGAUCUUGAAAAAUGGAUUCCAGGAAUUUGCUCCAAUUCCAUUUUACAAAAAUCUGUUUGUCUCAAUACUUAUUGUCUGAUGAGCGGAUGUGAUGGAUUAGUGACCAAAUGCAAUCAAACAAGAUUACCACUUUACAUGGAUCGAUUACCAGCUGGAACUUCAACUUAUAAUGCUGGACAUUGGGCUCAACUCAUUCGCUCAGCAAAAUUCCAAAUGUUCGAUUAUGGAAAUGGUGCAAACAACUAUCAACAUUAUCAUCAAUUUGGUGUUCCUCAAAUUGAUUUGACAAAAUUACAUGUCGACAUUGCGAUUUAUCAUGGAGGAUUGGAUGUUUUGGGAGACGUUCAAGAUUUCCAAACUUUUAUUAAUUUGGUUCCAAAGGAACGUGUGAAAAAUGUCAUGUUUUUACCAGAUUAUGGACAUAUUGAUUUAGUUUGGGGAAUUGAGAAUUACAAACACAUCUUUGCGGAUGUUGUGAAACGAAUUGGCUUGUCUUUUAAUUAA